AUGGAAUCUGAAAAAUUAUAUAGAAAUUUAACGGCACGAUGGAGACGAACUCUACGUACACCUGAAUCUCUUAAUGAACACGUUAUUGUUUUUGAACAAGAUCUAUGUCAAUUAGUCGAACAAUUAAAAGAAUUUGUUUAUCUUGAUAUUUAUGGUAAUAUUGAUUAUGAUAAAGUUGAACCUUAUCAUUCAAUGGUUCAAAAACGUUUUCCAAAUAGUCGAAUUUAUAUUCAAACAUCAAGAUUUUCACUUUGGAUUUAA